AUGGUCGUCUCCUCGCGGCGCUGAAGGCCAUUGAACAAUGGCCCUUCGCGCGCUUCUUGGCCUUCAUCUCCACCACCUCCUUCUUCGCCGGAACCCUAAAUUCCACAAAUUUCCAAAUUUAUUCAACCCUAAGUCCCUAAUCCCUCGUUCUCGAACCCUAAUUUCACGUUUCUCCUCCACAGUUUGUUCAGGAAAAAACUUAAUUUUGACGAAGGAUGAGAGGGCUGGAACUUCGGGGACGGUUGAAGGAUCGGGGACUAUCGCCGCGAUUGUGACAUCGUUGGGUGGUGGUCCGGCGGCGGUUGGGAUUGUUCGGUUGUCUGGGCCGAUGGCGGUGGAUGUUGCAAGCCGGGUUUUUAGGCCUGCGAAGAGGAAUGGUGAGGUUCCUUGGAGACCAAGGAGUCACUUUGUGGAGUAUGGCCUCGCGCUCGAUCUUGAAGGCAAUGUCAUUGAUGAGGUUUUAGCAGUACCCAUGUUAGCACCAAGGUCUUACACCAGAGAAGAUGUGGUUGAGCUUCAAUGUCAUGGGAGUGAUGUUUGUUUACGCCGAGUGUUAAGAGCUUGCUUAGAGGCUGGGGCAAGGCUUGCUGAACCUGGUGAAUUCACACUCCGUGCUUUUUUAAAUGGACGCUUAGACUUAUCUCAAGCUGAAAAUAUUGGAAGACUGAUUUCAGCCAAGUCUGUAGCUGCAGCGGAUUCUGCAUUGGCUGGGAUGCAGGGAGGCUUUUCUGCAUUAGUCAAAGGACUUAGAAAGCAGUGCAUUGAGUUGCUUGCGGAGAUUGAAGCUCGUUUAGAUUUUGAGGAUGAGUUACCAGCCCUGGACUCAAGCAUAUUGAUUGACAAAAUAAAUCUCAUGUGGUAUGAUGUCCAGCAGGCCCUGGAUACUGCUAACUAUGAUAAACUUCUACAAUCUGGUCUACAGAUUGCAAUUGUUGGCCGGCCAAAUGUUGGAAAGUCCAGCCUCCUCAAUGCAUGGAGUAAAAGUGAUAGAGCAAUCGUCACUGAAAUUGCUGGAACAACCAGAGAUGUGGUGGAAGCACAUGUGACUGUUCAAGGGAUUCCUGUCACUCUUCUUGAUACAGCUGGUAUCCGAGAAACUGAUGAUCUUGUAGAAAAAAUCGGUGUGCAGCGAUCGGAAGCUGCUGCAAUGGGUGCUGAUGUUAUCAUUAUGACAAUAAGUGCUUCUGAUGGGUGGACUGAGGAUGAUAAAAAACUUAUGGAACACCUUCAAAUGAAUCAGAUGUCCACAAGUUUUGCUACACCGAUCAUCCUUGUCAUCAACAAGAUAGAUUGUGCACCAUCCAUAACAGAGGAAUUGUUCGAGGUCGAUACUGGAAUCUUCAAAAAACAUGUCUGCACAUGUGCUGUAACCGGGCAAGGAAUCGUAGAAUUGGAGAAGGCUAUACUAGAGGUUAGGGGCUUGGAUUCUAUUCCUGCCGGGGGUCGCCGCUGGACUGUAAAUCAGAGACAAUGUGAACAGCUUCUUCGCACCCGGGAAGCUCUGUCAAGACUUAAGUCAUCCAUAUGCGAAGAACUGCCAUCGGAUUUUUGGACAAUAGACCUGAGGGAAGCAGUGCUGGCCCUCGGCGAGAUUAGUGGCGUCGACAUCUCUGAAGAAGUUUUGUCAAGCAUAUUUAGCAAGUUUUGUAUUGGUAAAUGAUUCAUCAAAUACAAUAUGAUCUUGUAAUUGAAUCUUUAGUGGUUAGAAUCCCUUUUUUAAGCUAUACUGAUUUACUAUGCUAUUGUUUGUUUUUCAUUAUAUAAUAUUUUUAUUUAUUAUUUUAA